AUGAGAAACACAUCUGAAGAAAGCUUAAGCAACGAAACUGCUUCAUAUUAUUCUUUCUCGUCAGCUUUCGCGAUUCCCGUGUUGUCAUGUUACAUAAUAAUUAUUGCAGUAGCGAUUGUUGGCAAUUUAUUGGUUUGUUGCGCGAUAAUGGCGGACAAAAAUCUACGAAACAAUCCCACGGCACUUCUUCUACUCUCUUUGGCGUUCUCAGAUUUAAUCACAGUAACGGUUGUAGCUCCACUGGACUUAGAAAUGUUUUUUGUACGCGGUGUCUGGGUUCAUGGGGAACUUAUGUGCGAGAUCUUUACCAUAAUAUUCCUCACUUCAGUGCCGACUUCUAUUUGGACCCUCCUCAUCAUAAGCAUUGAGCGUCUCAAGAACCUCAGCGAUCCUUUGAACCACUUUCGUCGUUCUCCUUUCAUGACACGUAAACGAUCACUCAUUGCCAUAAUCUUUAUUUGGCUUUAUAGCGUUGUCUCUGCUGCAAUUCCUUCGAUGGGCUGGAGAAAUGCUCCUGGCGAAUCACUUAUUUUUAAAGGGGUUUGCUGGUUUCCUCUCAAGAGAGCUUACUCUGUACUCACAGCGUUCCUUAACAUAUUUCUACCAAUAAUCAUCACCACUGGUAUUUAUAUCAAGAUUUAUCUAAUUGCACGUCAGCGAACAAGACCCGAGUUAGUUGGCCGUAGACUUCCCUUCGUACAAGAGAAUAAAACUUAUUUAGGAAAUAUGAAAGCAGCUAAGACUAUCGCCAUGUUUAUUGGCGUUUUCUUUUUUUGUUGGCUUCCCUAUUCAACGUAUAUCAUUGUCAUCAGCCUGUGUCGCUCAUGCUGGUCAUUGUUUCCCGGAAGAGAAGAUGAAGUUUUCAGCUUUCUUCUGAUGUGUGGCUAUCUUACUUCGGCCCUCAAUCCCUUUGUUUUUGCACUCCGAAACGGAAGCUUUAAAAACACCUAUUCAAAACUGUUAAGCUCAGCUUUAUCAAAGUCACCCUUAAACGCCAAGCGUGACCGCAGGUUGUCUUCUUUGUCAGAGCUCACCUUUGCGUCUGAAAUUCCAGAUUUAUCUGAUAGGGAUGUUCAACUCCAACGGAUACGACCCUCUGAAACUGAAUUGCAAAUCACUGAAAUCAUACUUCAGAAUACAAGUGAUUAGAAUAUGAGUGUGUGAGGAGACAUUUGUUGCCUUACAGGCCAGUAGUUUCCUUGAAAUUAGGCGUUUUUCUCGCAAUGCACAAGGAAUAACAUGACAUUGCGCCUAGAAAAUAGUUAUACUCAGUAUUGGUAUGUAUUAGUAAUAAUUUAAAAAAAUAAUAAAAAAAUAGUUAUAAAAAUAGGGAAAUACUUAAAAGAAAUUCAGUUAUCGAAACUGAAAUAGUAGGUGUUUCGAGAGCUGACCCAGUAUUCGAGUUACAUACUGCUUGACACCACAGUGGCUUAGAUCGCCCAACGUAGCGCGCUGAAGAAUGACGUGCGAGCUAGGUAUAGUUUUAAUUUUUGCUGGGUUAUGAGUUGAGCCGUGGCCAGUUGGUUCUGUCAUUGUGUUUUUUUACAGUCCUUGUUUAUCAAAUCAUUUCAAAUAUUUUACCAUGUAUUUCUUAGAUUAUUAAAUUUGUUUUCAAAGUAUAUUUGAUAGCAGAUUUUUUUGACUAAUUACGAGUUAAACCAAGGAGUUUAGUCCUGUAAAACUUGAAUUUUUCUUUAUACUCUGGUAAACUAUCUAGUAGAAUAUUAUUUUCUUUGAUCGAGUUUAUGAGUCCUUUUUUUUGUUGCUUUCCGACGCGAAUUUCUUGAUGGGAAAAAGUAUAAUUUGGGUUCAAGUGCUUUGACACUAUACCUGUACUGAAAUAUUAAAGAAUCACAAGUUUAGUCUUUUCUGGAUCAGUGACUAUUUUAUAUAGAUUUGGUAUAAUAAAUAAAGUGACCGUGAUGGUCUAGCGAUAAAGUUACAUAAAAACCGUUGUAUUUUUCAAACACCUGGCCUGUUAAAAGCAUGACAGACAGACAUUCGUGGUAGGCCACAUGAAUAUUUUACAUUUAUCUCCUAAAUCGCAAGCAUUCUAUCCAAAUUGAAAAUUAAAAAAUAAAGUUGUUUAGACUAGACGUAACGUAGGUACUGUGGUGUACCACAAGGGUUUACCUUAGACCCCCUUAUUUAACAAUUAGUUCAUGCGUCAGCGUGCGUAUGUCGAGGUACUGAGUACGCGCGGAAAGUUUGGAGAACACGAAAGAGGCGUAAGACUUGCUCGAGGCGCAGCCGAGACCAACUAGAGCCUCUUGAAUGCUCUCCAAACUUCCCAAGUACUCAAUAUUUCGACGUACGCACAGCUGAAGCUUGAACUAAUUGUUUUAUAACACUAACAAAGCGAUCAAUGCAGCAGCUAACUUACAUUUUUAUCAUUGUAGAGCGCACUCAAAGCAGUACGCGUCAAUGUUACUUGGCUACAUUUUUUUUACCUCACAGUUGUGUUUUUUCCUUGAAACUGAGUGAUAUAACAUUCAAAAAGAUUGUAAAAUCCAUAUUGAGGUGCCGGAAAACUAUUAAUUUACCAAAAAAUUCUUUGUGAAGGAAAUAUCUUUGCAAGAAUAAUUUGCACACGCCAUAGCCGGCACAACUCGCGCAGAGGCAACAACAACAACACUCACCUCUUUUCCCUUCUAUCGGUUAACAAAUUCAAAAGUUUUCUCUUAAAUGUAUGUCAUAAAACACAUGGUUAAUGCUUCAUCGUGUACUUUUGAGUUAUAGAUACACUUGGGAGACGUCUUGGGAGGAUUGUUAAGCUCACAAGAACUCGAGGUAUAGUUUAUUAACGUCAUCAGCGUGCUCAAUAAGCUUCAAUAGGAAUAUGAAGCACGCUCGCGCUAUUGAAUUUGAUUAGGCGAAUAUUCUAGCUAUGUUAUAAUUUUAUAACGUUGCUCAUUCGUCUGUGAAAUUAUUUCUUCGCCUCUUUCCUGACGAUGACAUCUUUUACAGCAAAACUGCAAUACAAGUACCUUGGAAUUUAUCUACAGCAACCUUUAAAUUGGAAAGAACAAAUUACCGGUGUUAAAAGAAAAUUAGCUAAAAUAUUAGAAUCUUGCAAAAAUUAAAUUUAGACACUUUGAUGAUCUGGCUUGAAUGUUCUUCCCUGACAGUAAAGAGUCACACACUGAAACUCCUCAUUUGAUUUUCUUAAAUUUGAAAACUGCGAUUGUUAAUUUUCCAAGGAGGUAAGCCUGUUAAGAACAAUUGGACAAUUGAACUAGGGGAAUUUGCCUUUCUUAUGAUGUUAGGAAUUAUGCUGAUCUCGGAGGCAGUUAUCAGCCUCGGCCAACUUUCUCCUCGAUCUCAGCCUAAUUCUUUACAUCAUACUAACCCUCAUUCAACAAUUGUUCAUUACUUUAAUCGUAAUUCAUUCGGAAUAUUGUUUACAUCUUUCAAAUAUAAUACGGCGAAAUAUUUCUAUGAAUAAUAAUUAAUCAUCACUAAGCCAAUCAAAACUCUAGAACUGCGUUAUCCAAUGAUUCAGUUAAUAACAACACCAGAUAUGCCUCUAAGGGGUUAUUUUCAUUGUUCCAAAAGUAAGGACCAGCACUGGUGAAUUAAACUUUGCAUGUAACCUCCAAGCUAUGGGAAAUGUCACCAACAAAUUUGAAACCGCUCUCUACUAACAGUUUCAAAACUUACAAUAUAAAAAUGAUCUCAUUCAAUAUCGUUCAUAGUUUGUUAAUCUUUUCCUCUCAGCUUUAUUUUUUGUUAAUUUCCAAACAAACCUAGCUUCUUUUCUUUAAUUAUUACCUGAAUCAUUUUCUUUUUUUUUUUGCACAUUUGAAACUAAGAUUUUCUUCAGAUUUUCUUUCAUAUAUGAUAGUUGUACCUGCAGAAGUUGAUCACAAUUUCUCCUACGUUUUUGUCAUCACUAGUCUUUUACCCCAUGAAUUAUUUCUGUACAUUUUUCUCUAUUUUUUUUGUAUUACAGUAUGAAUAAAGAUUUUGUUGAUGUUGUUCAUGAUACUUUUUGCCUUGAAAGAUGAACCCACGGUACUCCAGCUGCUUAGUCAAUACUUUCUUACGCUUGAGUGGGUGAGUUAAUGAACCCCAUUUGCGCCAACGAUAAAAAUAAUUUGUUCCCAGUAUUGGUACAGACAGACUUCCUUUGCACGCAUGCAAUACACGGAAGGAUUCAUUGCUAUGUUGAAUUAUAUACCGUUAGAGUGAAACUGAAACGUUUUAAUUACACACCAUUUAAUGAACUUGUUAACAGCUGUUCCACACUCAUGGUCCUCUGUUUCAUUCACGGUUUCAUUUGUCUCCGAUAUUGACAUGGCGCUGGUGUUUCAUGCUUGAACAACACAUGAAAGUUUCCGCAUAUAUAACAUAUAAAAGCACCCAAGCCUUAAUCGACUUAAAGUUGCACUUUGAGAUUGCUUAGAAACUGUUCAGCUCGACCUUUAUCGCACGUGCUCCAGCUACAACAAAAGAGUUUUAAAGGAAGAAAAAAGAGUUCAAAAAUCAUGAACAACAGUUCCGUUGACCAAUCAAACGAAGUAUCUCCUCUCCUCGGGCCUUGGUUUCUCUACCCUGUUGCUACAGGUUACAUAUUAAUCGCAGCGGUGGCAGUUAUUGGAAACCUUCUGGUCUGUUUCGCUAUACUCGCCAACAAAAAACUAAGGAGCAAGCCAACGAACCUUUUUCUACUGUCCCUGGCUGUCUCUGAUUUUCUAACCUCAGUUAUAGCAAUGCCGUUCGACAUAGAGUCUUUAAUUCUUCAAGGAGGUUGGAAACAUGGUGCUGUUAUGUGCCUUGCGUUUCUUACCGCCUACCUCAUCACUGUACCCACCUCGAUUUUGACGCUUCUGACCAUCAGCGUGGAUCGCUACCUAAACCUUCGUGAUCCUCUACGCCACUUUCGCCGCACACAGUUCAUGACAAAAAGGAAAGCUUUAAUUCUGAUCGUUCUCAUAUGGCUGUACUGCAUCAUUUUUGCUUUUCUUCCCGUCUUAGGAUGGCCGUUUAUAAAAAGGAGUACGAAAAACGAACUAGAACAAUGCUUAAUUUCCUACAGUGUGUUGUACAACAUCUUGAGCAAUUUUUUGAACUUUGUUUUGCCAUUGGUAACUACCUGUGUGUUUAAUAUCAUGAUGUUUUGUAUUGCUCGCAAGCAUAAUGAUAUUAGUCUCAAUCGGGUUAAAAGUUCCUAUUCGUCCAAAGAUGACGCCAAGGCCUAUGCAAGCAACCUUAAAGCAGCCAAGACAACCUUCAUGUUUGUGGCAGCUUUCUUCUUUUGCUGGCAGCCCUUCUCCUAUUUCAGCAUUGUCAGUAUUCUCUACGGUGAGAAGAACUGGAACCCAUACCCGAGUAAAGUUUUCUAUGUGCUGUUGAUGUUUGGCUACCUUAACUCGGCUCUGAAUCCUUUUCUGUUCGCUUUCCGCAACAGGCAAUUCAAAUCCACGUACGCGAGAAUAUUUACUUUGGUCAAACGCCGCAGUUCAAGAGUGUGGCCUCGAUCCACUCCCUCGCUGAGUACCUUUUCGUCUGAUGUCCCUGAAACUGAUAACAAAGAUGUUCGCCUGCAAGCAGUUCGAAUUAAAGGUACAACGCCAGACCUACCCAGACGAAACAGCACGUCAGCGCAAUAA